AUACAAAGAACCGGGUGUCGUGUGAUCAACAGCGCUCAACUGCGAAGGAUAAGAUCUUCAUCUGUUAUGGCUUCAAACGAACAAGUAAGACGACGACUUUAUCCAUUGUUCCUCGGUUGUUAUGUAGUCGUGUGUACGUGUAUUCAAUUUCUGCAUCUAUUUGUUGUCGCUCUUGCUCUAGCUCUUGCCGUGGAGCUACAUUUUUGUCUCUAACUUUGAAGGUCAAGUAGGCAGAGACAGUGCCAAAACAACUAGGUUCUCUUUCACUUUUUUGCGAGAACAACAGACCGCGACUGGUUCUCGGCCACCGCAGCUAGCUUGUCCUUACAACUAUUCCUCCAUUCCAACUAAUAUCACAUAUAACAUUCUAACUCGAACCGUGAGAGGUUAGUACCUAUCACAUCAAUCCACACCUACUACAUUCUUGAUCCAGUCGUAGUCGCCUGCCAGGAUGACGAACACAAGGACGGCUAGCACUCCGCCCUCCCCCGAUGUUUCGGCGCACUCCGCGGGAGAGCAGGAGGUCAAGUUUUGGGAUAGUUUGAAGAUCGUGGAUUUCCAGGCGGCCAACGCGCCCGCAGUCUUUGCGCAGUCGCUGAAAGACACCGGAUUCGCGGUGCUGACCAAUCAUAUCGUGGACGAAAAACUUAUUCAGGAGGUGUACCAAGAAUGGCGCGAUUUUCUGACGUACCUGGACGAAAACCAAGAAAAAUUGUGCGCCGAGGAGGACCUUGAGCAGGAGUUUUCGACCACCUCUACCGACCCGGAUUGCAACGCGGAUGAAAGCGAGGAGGAUGGAAAUGAAAUCGUGGAUGACACUACCCCGAAGGAGCAAAUAAACCAAAAGCAAGCAGAAAUGUUUUCCCUCGAGAAAAACGGAAAAAGCAAGAGCAAGAGCCCGCUUCCGUACAUGCGGAAUUUGAAGACCCAGGACGGCUACUUUCCGGUGAAGCACGCUGAGUCCGCGAAAGGUCAGACCGUGCGGGACAUCAAACACUACUACCAAUGCUACUUCCCGUGGGGCCGCUACCCGAAAGAGGUGUCAUUGCGGGCGCAGAAACUCUUUCGCCAGAUGAUCCAGCUAGGUACGGAAGUUCUUUUGGUUCUUGUGGAUGGAGAUGGUCAAUGUUGAUAAAUGUCAAACAUGUCUGCGUCAGCACGUCAUAGUUUGUAAAAAUCGCACCUGUGACGAUGCCUGCGGGGGCGCACGCGCAUCCAUCUAUUGUUACCACGCCUAUAUUAGAAGUUGAUAAGAAAAUUUACUUAAAUUUUUCACAACACCCAGGGCGCAUUUUGCUGCAGUGGAUUGACGAGCAUAUGGAUCCAGAGGUCCGUGCGCGCUUACCGGGGAAACUUACGGACUGCCUGUCUGAGGAGCAGACGAUGCUGCGUGUCUUGCACUACCCCGCAUACAAAAGCAAGGACUUUGCGCCCGGCGCCGUGCGCGCCGCCGCGCACGAAGACAUCAACCUGAUCACUGUGCUUCCGGCCGGCUCGGCACGCGGGCUGCAGGUGCAGAGCAACCAGAGUGGGGAAUGGUAUCGUGGCUUCAGUUCGAUUGUAAGCCGUUGACCAUUUUUUUGCUUCUGCAGCACGUUCACUCUCUCUCGAGUCGAACUUUUUUCAAAUUCUAUGAUCUGUUUCAUCAUCUGUGCACAUUUAUAUCGCCGGCAUUCUCAAUACAAUUCGUUGUUCUGAAAACACAACAGGUAUGAAGUUCCCUGUGUCCCCGGGUCGAUUGUGAUCAACAUUGGCGACAUGCUGCAGGAGAUGACAAACCGGGAAUACAUCGCAACCACGCACCGCGUCUUGAAGAUGGAAGAGGGCGAACGGAUGUCAACGCCGUGCUUCAUCCACGCUACGAAGGAUACGUACCUCUCCGAGCGGUACAAAACUGCGGGAGACUUUUUGAUGGAGCGUUUGCGGGAACUGGGAGUUGCAUAAACCUUCACAGGAAACAAGCUUUUACCCCCCAAUGCCAACGCGAAGGAGCCCGAGAUGUCGACCAUCAAGGGUGCUCUUCGUGACUGUCUUCGCGCAUCAUGUUUUUGUUUCAUUUUUUUCUGAGCUUUGGUCCUCGCGCUCCAGGGCCGUUUUUGAACCACCAUUCACAGUCACUUUCACGAUGUAAUCGAAAACAAAUAAUAUUCUACACAUAACGAAAGAUUUGAGCAGGACCAAGCAUUAUGAUGAUGGAUUUCCAGAUGAGGCAGCCCAUGCCACGAAAUUAUUCUGUGAGCUCCAGCAGUAUGUGUAUGCUGUCCUUGAAUCGAUAGAGGAACCCUCUAUCAUAGAGGAACCCUUUAUCUUCAAGAGCAUUGGUCUAGGUUCGAGAAGAACAGCGAUACAAAAUAUUUCACGAUCCAGGCCCGAUAGCGAUACAGCAAGAGGCUUUUCCGCAAGUAAUGUGUCUGUCCGUCAGAGUGUCAAAAGAAAAGGAAAUCGCUGGAUUGACCUCUAUGGGGUUGCUGACUCAUCAUCAUCAUCACUCACCGCGUCGCGGGGCCCAAGAAGCAAUAU